CUAGCGGUUCUUUUAUAUACUGAGGUACAAUCCAAUAACUGAGUAGAACAUGAAUUCUUUCGUCAGCUUCGUUUUAUUCGCAGCUAUCGUCGUUAUCGGCGUAGAAAGCGCCAUAACUGAUAACUCCAAGCAAGCUAUGGUAUCUUCAUCGUACGGUGGUGGAUAUGGCGGUGGCUCUUCACCAUCCUACUCGGCUCCAGCUCCUGCGUCAGCGCCUACAUAUGGCGGUUCUUCAUCAUCAUACUCUGCUCCAGCUCCUGCUGCAGCGUCCUCAUAUAGCGGCUCUGCUUCAUCAUACUCCGCACCAGCACCUGCACCGUCAUAUGGAGUUUCUGCACCAUCGUAUUCGGCACCAGCAGCUCCUGCACCAACCUACUCGGCACCAGCACCUGCACCAUCCUAUUCAGCACCAGCAGCUGUAGCAUACGCUGCACCUGCUCCAACAUCGGCAUCAUCUUAUCCUGCACCACCAUGCCCUAAAAACUAUAUCAUCAGUUGCCAACCCUCUUUGUCGCCUGUGGCUUGCAGUGCCCCCAGUAGAAGCGGUGGAUACGGUUCAGUGGCCGCUUAUUCCCAAUAUGUGCCAUCACGUUCCCCAAAGCUUGUGAAGCAAUACGCUGCUAUGCCCAGCAACGUUCCUAAGCCUAGCUAUGCAGCAAACACCCAUGAUAUAUCAUCUUGUGUGGCAGUAUUAGGUCAACCUCUCAGAUGGUAAUAAGGACAUCAUGAUUUACCUAGCCAAAUAAGGAACCAAAUCUUUGACAAGGCAAGAUAAUAUAAUUACAUACUGGACUUCUGGAGGUGUAUUGUGCUUGUACUGCUCUUUACCAUGAAAAUAUAUGUAUAAAUACA